AUGGAUACCGGAAUCCAUCCUUACCCAAGCAUGGAUCCUCCUUUCGAUCACUUCGAGCUGGUAGCGCGGCAGAAUGGCAACCAAGGACAAAUGCAAGAUGCCACCAACGCACUCGCAGAGUUUGGGGGCUUCCAGAACUUCUCCUCGAGAAAAUACGAUGCCUACGUCUUCACGCUCGAUUGGAAGACGACUGGGUGCUAUCAAAGAGGUGUCCUGCCCGUGCCAUUGGCGAAGAACGACACUUGUUUGCCUGGCUGGCAUUGCCCGAACUCUGACUUCUACAACCCUCCUCAAUUCUGCGCCCCGACGCCCGAGUGUGCUGUCUUUCGAGCCGGCAAAAUGACGUGCGAACCGCAAGGGGUGUACGAGCCGAAGAUCUGCGCGAACGGCUUCUACUGUCCUGGAGCACCCAAUGGACACCUCCAGCUCCCUUGCCCCGAAGGCACGUUCUGCCCGACAGGAGCGAAAGAGCCAUUCAACUGCACCGGGGGAGCGAUAUGCCCAGAGAAGAGUCAGCGACAACUCGUUAUAGCACCGCUGUUCGUCAUGAUUAUCAUCGACGUAGUGUUGCUGGUGAUUGUUGGAAUCGGGUUCGGUGUCACCAAGUGGAGAAGAAGUCGGCCGAAGAAAUACACAACUCUGGACGCUGGUGACGGGAACUCGGAUAAUAUCGAACUCCUGCUUGCCGCACGAGCACCACCCAGGUCUUCUCGAGUAUCGGUGUCUGCGCCAGCACCACCGCCUCACUCGCCGUAUGCGCAAUACUCACCUCCGCAGAGCGAUUACAUGCAACCAUACGCACCGCCCUACAGCCAACCUCAGACACCACAGCCGUAUCCUGAGUCGUACCCGCCUUCCUACAAUCAACCCUACAACCCGUCUGUGUCUCCGAGACCUCCUACCUUGACCCACGCACGUCGGGCGUCCGGACGUGUGGACAACAUGGAUGGCUAUGUGGACGACGACCUCUCCGACUACGGCGACUACGAGCCGGAAGACGACUUUCACAACUCGCCCGACUUCCAGCGCUUCAUUCGCUCGAUGAGCAAGACAAUUGAGACUUCUUCGAUUGGUCUCUCCUUCGACUUCGAGAAUUUGACAUAUGCAACGAAGAACGGCAAAGGCAAGAAGAUUCUGUCCGGCGUAACUGGAACGAUGCCUCGCGGUAGCUGUUGGGGUAUCAUGGGCGGAUCUGGCGCAGGCAAGAGUACAUUUGUGAACGUGCUGAUGGGCAAGCUGCAAGCGACCGCUGGCACGAUGAAGAUCAAUGGCUGGCAGAAGGACAUGUCGAAGUACAAGAAGUUGAUUGGAUACGUGCCGCAAGACGAUAUCAUUUUCCCGGAGCUGACGGUGCGGGAGAAUAUUCUACACUCAGCGCGGGUCAGAUUGCCGGCGAGCUGGAGGGACAAGGCGAUCCAGGAUCAUGUGGACAGCUUAAUUGCGUGUCUGCAGCUCACCCACGUCCAGCAUUCCCGGGUUGGGGAUGCCAGGAAGCCUGUUAUCAGUGGAGGGCAACGAAAGCGUGUGAACAUUGGUAUCGAGCUCGCGGCAGCCCCCAUGGCCAUCUUCCUGGACGAGCCGACGAGUGGUCUCGAUGCAACAUCCGCAGCAACCAUCAUGCGACUUAUCAAGGGCAUCUCGAAGCUCGGAGUCACCACAAUCGCCAUUAUCCACCAACCUCGCGAGCAGAUCUUCGCCGGUUUCGACCAGCUCCUCCUCCUCGCCGAAGGCCAAAGCGUCUACUCCGGUCCCACCGAAGACGUAUCCUCCUACUUCGAGAACCUAGGCUUCGCCUUCCCCCAACGCGCCAACCCCGCCGACACCCUGAUCGACAUCAUCACCGGCGACGGCGCCCAGUACACUAUGUCCGGCAAACGCGACACCGACGUCAGGACCCUCAUCAACACCUGGCAGACCUCCGGCCAAUACAACCGCAGCGGCAAGCACCUCUCCGUCUCCUCCUUCAACGACGCCGCUACUAAGCGCAGCCGUCGCGCUUCCAACCAGUCUCUCAACUCCACCGCCGAGCAGGAGGAAUCUCUCGUCCGGACUAUGAAGGCCCGAGGCGCCACGUGGCCGGCACAAGUGUUCUACUGCUGGAAACGCGCCAUGACGCAGCAAGUCCGCAACGCCACCUCAUUCUUCUUUGAGAUCGGCGUCGGAGCGCUCGCGGGUGUUAUUAUCGGGUUAUCGGCCUUCGCGUCCGCUGGGCACUUAUUCCAGGGCAUCUACCACCCGCCGUUCACCUCCCUCAGCUCCGCAGUCGACUACUCCAGCACGCCGCAACUCGGUCUCCUCGGCGGUCUGGCCAUCGGUCUCGCGGCUUCCGCGCCAGGGUUUUGGGUCUUCGGCGAGGAGAAACAGAUGUACUACCGCGAAACUGCCUCGGGGCAUUCGAGGAGCGCUUACUACGUUGGCAAACUCAUCGCCACUCUGCUGCGGAUCGCGCUGAGUGCGUUCCACUUCACCGUCUUCCUCGGCGUCCUCGCUACACCUUUAAUCGCGUUCCAAUGGAUGUACGUGGUCAAUUUGCUCUACUUCUGGUGCGUGUACGGUCUGGCUUCCAUCGUGAGCAUGAUUGUGAAGCGAGAAGAUGGGCCUUUGAUCGCUGUGCUCGGCUCGUUGGUGAUUGGCGUGUUAGGCGGUGUAGCGCCUCCACUGAGCACGGUGAAGAGCUGGGGUUUGGAGUGGCUUUGGCGAGCUAGUCCUGGUGUGUGGUUGACGGAAGCGUAUUUCACGGAGAAUCUGACGCCCUUGGGGUAUUUGUAUGAGUUGGACCUUGCGGCCUCAGCGACGGGGUUUACGCUGGGGCAGUAUGGGUUGGAUGUUGGGAUCUUGUUUCUGAUCGGCUUCGUCUACCGCAUCGUGGCGUACCUGUUACUGGUGUUCUUGCAUCGCGACAAGCAACGGUGA